AUGGCGAGUAAAUACCAAGGACUUGCUGUUGGAAUAGACCUUGGCACAACUUACUCGUGUGUUGCAGUGUGGCUGGAACAACAUUGUAGAGUUGAGAUCAUUUACAAUGAUCAAGGAAACAGAACAACACCUUCUUUUGUUGCUUUCACUGAUGAUCAAAGGUUGAUUGGCGAUGCUGCAAAGAAUCAAGCUGCUGCCAACCCUCAAAACACUGUCUUUGAUGCCAAGAGGUUAAUUGGUAGGAAGUUUAGUGAUCCUAUUGUUCAAGAUGAUAUGCUUUUAUGGCCAUUCAAAGUCAUUGCUGGUGCUAACGACAAACCCAUGAUUUCUGUCAAGUAUAAAGGUCGGGAGAAGCACUUAUACGCCGAGGAAGUAUCAUCGAUGGUACUCACGAAGAUGCGAGAAAUUGCUGAGGCAUAUUUGGAAUCCCCGAUUAAAAAUGCUGUUGUUACCGUGCCAGCUUAUUUCAGCCACUCUCAGAGAAAAGCCACAAUUAAUGCUGGUACUAUUGCUGGCCUCAAUGUCAUCAGGGUAAUGAAUGAACCUACUGCCACAGCUGUUGCAUAUGGCCUUGACAAAAGAACCGACUGUGUUGAAGAACGAAAUAUCUUUGUCUUUGAUUUUGGUGGUGGCACAUUUGACGUGUCUUUACUAACUAUCAACAAUAAUGUCUACGAAGUAAAAGCAACUUCCGGAAACACUCACCUUGGAGGAGAAGGCUUUGACAGUAGAAUGGUGAACUACUUUGUACAAGUGUUCAAGAAAAAGACCAAAGUGGAUAUUAGUGGAAACCCAAAAGCCUUGAGGAGGUUGAGAAGUGCUUGUGAGAGGGCAAAAAGAUCGCUUUCAUUCCUUGUUACCGCCACUAUUGAAGUAGAUUCUUUAUUUCAAGGCAUUGACUUUUCAUCGACCAUCAAUAGGGCAAAGUUUGAGAAAAUGAAUAUGGACAUUUUCAAUGACUGUAUGAAGACGGUUGAGAGUUGUCUUACCGAAGCUAAGAUGGAUAAGGGCAGGGUAGAUGAUAUUGUUCUUGUUGGUGGAUCUUCUUGA